AAAGUCACACACUCACAGACCCACUCAUUAUUUUCACCAUUAUCUUCUCUAUAUAUACCCAUUUUCCACAAAUCAAAGACAACACAAUCUUAUCCUCUCUUAUUUUCUUCUCUUAAAAUUCCAAAACUUUUUGCUUCUUAUUUUCCUUCUAAUAAAAAAACAAAAAUACUCAUGGCUAACUAUGAUGAAGAAGUUUCAGCUCUUAAAAGAAUCAAAUUACAUCUUUUAGGUGAAUUUUCUCCACUUCCAUCUCCUAUUUCACAACCUUCCUUUGACUUUGAUUUUGAUUUUGAUUUUGAUUUUCAAUUUCAAACUAACUCAACCACUUUGGAUUCUUCAAUUUCUUUGGAUCAUUAUUCAACCGAUCUCUUCCAAUUUGAUUACAAACCUCAACCAAUUCAACCUCAGAGCCCUAAAUUCCUAACAUCACAUCCUCAACAAACUGUAGAGAAGAAGAAGCAGAAAGUGAAUCGUAAACCAUCGCUGGAAAUAGCUCUCCCGAAUAAAACAACCGAAUGGAUCCAAUUCGGAAGCCAAAAUCCGAAACCGGAGGUGGUUGUACAGAAACCUGAAGCUGCCGAGAAACAGCACUACAGAGGAGUUAGAAGAAGACCGUGGGGAAAAUUCGCCGCUGAGAUCCGUGACCCGAACAAACGCGGGUCAAGGGUUUGGCUUGGAACGUUUGAAACAGCUAUUGAAGCUGCUAAAGCCUAUGACAGUGCUGCUUUCAGGAUGCGUGGAUCUAAAGCGAUUCUCAAUUUUCCACUUGAAGUCAACGAGGCGGCAACGGCGGCAACGGCGGCGGCGGAGACCUCCGGCGACGGUGAGAGAAAACGGUGCCGUGAAGAGGAAGAGGUAGUAGAAGUGAAACCGGUUGUGAAAAAGGAGAAAAUAACAGAAUUUGAUGUGAACUGUUUUAAAGAGAUGCCGUUAACGCCGUCAGCUUUAACUGGGUUUUGGGAUAAUAAUGAUGUUAAGGGGAUGUUUAACUUUCCACCGUUGUCGCCGUUAUCUUCUUUUUGCUUGUCGCCUCUAGUCCUUGUUUGAAAUUUCUAUUUCUAAUUUAGGGAUCCUUUUCUUAUUGCAUCCUGUUCUUCAGAGAUGUGAAAAAUGUACAUUUCAUGAAAUUAGUUCAUUUAUUCACUAAAUUUCUUUUGGAUA